AAGAAACACGACUGUAAAUAAAGAGUAGCACCAUUUCAGAAUGGAAAGUAAGAUGGAGUCUGUUGAUACCUGGACAUGUGAAGAUGUUGAGUUUUGGCUUGAAGAGAAUGGACUAGAUAAAUAUGCUGAGCUGCUUACAAAAACUCAUAAAAUUGAUGGCCAGGUCCUUAUGCAUUUAACUGAAAAGGAUUUAAGAGAGCCUCCAUUACAGAUGACAGUGCUAGGGGACAUAAAGCGAUUAGCAUUGUUUAUACAGGAGCUCCGCUCAUUUUCAUCACAGACUUCCCCCGGUGUGUCUAGAAAAAAGGGCUCGGCAAGUAUUUUAGAAGGGAAAAGUAAGGAAAAGAAACAGAGUCCAACCAGCCCCCAGCGUCACAGAGUUACCCCAGUUCAGGAUAGCACAGAGUCAGAAGAUGUUGAUAGUUCCAGCUACAGUGUUAGUCUGCAGAGAAAGCAGGCUAAAGAUAUUCCUCUGGAAUUAUGGAAAACGCUGCUUAGCUUUGUGUAUGUUUUUGGAGUCUUCAUGGUCACAGCUUUUGUUAUGGUUGUUGUCCAUGACCGGGUUCCGGAAAUGGACAAGUAUCCACCUUUGCCUGACCUGUUCUUAGAUAAUAUGCCUUAUGUCCCAUGGGCUUUUGAUGCUUGUGAGUUGGUAGGCUUAGUCUUGGGCACUAUGUGGUUCAUACUUCUUGUAUUUCAUAAGCACAGGUUUGUUUUAAUGCGUCGCAUGUUCUCCCUGACUGGUACAAUAUUUCUCCUGCGUUGUGUCUGUAUGUUGAUCACGUCUCUCUCAGUACCAGGCAAACACCUACAAUGUAGUGGCAAGAGGUAUGGAGAUAUGUAUACUAGACUUGAAAGAACAUUUGAGAUUUGGAAGGGGAUGGGGAUGUCCCUUCAAGGUGUGAGAUCCUGUGGAGACUACAUGUUCAGUGGACACACAACUGUUAUUACCCUGCUCAAUUUUUUCAUCACUGAAUAUACACCAAGGAAGUUCUACUACAUCCACAUAGCCUCCUGGUGCCUUAACUUUUUUGGUAUUUUCUUCCUGCUGGCAGCACAUGAGCAUUAUUCAAUCGAUGUUUUCAUGGCAUUUUACCUGUCCUCUCGCCUCUUCAUGUACUAUCACACCCUGGCCAACAACAGGGCUCUCAUGGCGCCGGAUGCCAAGCGCACCAGGAUUUGGUUCCCCCUUUUCUCAUUCUUCGAGUCCAAGUGUGAGGGGCGCUUGUCAAACCAGUUUGAGCUGCCGUUCAAGUACAUCAUCCCCUGCUGGCAUGUGGUUCAGACCUGGCUCCUGGCUGUUAUUCCUUGUGCUAAAAAUGGCGCUGCCAGUGGACUAGCUGGCUGCUCGGAUAAACUUGCGUCGUACCUGUCCAAGAACCACCAAGAACCAGCUAGCAAGGUGGAUUAAUUGUAAGAUUCUAACUCUUUCUGUGUUGAAAAAUUUACUGAAUGAAUUUACUUCAUUAAAGUUGAAGUGAGAUAUGGAAGUGUAAAUCAGGAGUGGGAUCAUCUUGAGUGUUGGUUUAUUCUCUUGUUGGAGUUGGCUGCAAAACAUAUGAUCAUUAUAUAUAUUUUUAACCAAUAUAUAUUAAAUUGUUUCUGCAUUGCUUAAAGAAGAUAAAAUUACCUGGGGUGCUUGAAGAAUAAAAGUAAAAAAAUUAAGUGGCGUAUACAGCCACUGAAGAAAUAGAAAUCUGCCAGUUUUCUGUCACAGAGCAUGAUAUCAAAGUAUUAAUGUCUAGUCAGCUCUGUUUGAAGAAGUAUGUAAGGGCACACUGCUGUAUGGUAUUGUGUGGAUAUUAGACAAUACUGACCAGUCUUCAAGGUUUCAUGUCGAAUUGCUUAUUGUGAAAUGACAUGUAUAGGUUGAAUUUCAACAUAUCACUUUAUAAAAAAAAUUAUCAAUAAAUAUAUAUAUUUUUUUUUACCUGAAAAGUAUUACAUUCUAUAAAUUCAGAAAGUUGUAUUAUUAUAUGCAAGAUUUAACUAUUUUCAAAUAACAUUUUGUUUCAGUUAAGCUAAUACAGUAUUGUAGUUUUAUUUAAGCAAGAGUUGGGAAUAAUUGAGUAGUUUGCAAGCAUUUGAUAUCUACAAUGUAAAAUCAGCUGAAAUUUUAAAAAUUAUGUUAUUUGACCAAAAUAAUUAGUCAUUACAUGCAGUUGUUAUUUGCAUAAUUUUGUUAAUAAAUCUCCGAUGCUUUCUUGCAUAGAUGGACUCUACCCUCAGGACUUUCCAUAAUCAUGUACUGUUAUUUUUCUAUGCAUAUUUGUACUAUUGACUUCUAGCUUAUGCAGGUCAGGUCACUGAGCUGAAUGCAAACAUUCCCAUCCUACCGAUAAACAUUUUUACCAUGACAUUUUAUGUACUUGUUAAGUAAAUCACAUGACAAUAGUGACAGAUGUAUCAGCACAUCUUAAGCUUGUGUAUUAAGCUCAUAUAAUGUAAAGCUCAUCAUUAAGCUCUGGUUUGUGCAGCUUUAUGUUUAGGGUAUAAAAUGCUCUGGUCAGAUCAUAGUGUGCCUUUAAGAAAUUUUUUGUUACUGGAAGACUUUGUGGACACGCAUAACCAAGACUAUUUGACAUGACAAUCUGAUUCUUUAGAACAAAUGGGAUACAAUGGUUCAGUGACUAUAUUCUGUGCUAUGUAUGGCUGCUGAUGACCAUUGGUUUAUAUUGUGAUAUUUGGCCUGGUGUUUGAUAUAUUUAAACCAUCCCUGUGUCAAAACAGAUAUAUUUAUACAUUAUGAGAAAAAUCCUUGACAAAAGUAUGUCCAUAUUGCAAUUGUUAGAGGUCACAGAAAUUAAUUAGCCAAGGUAAGAGUGACUACAGGUAAAGUAAACCAUUUUUGUAGUACAUUUUUGUUCAGGGUAAAUUUUGAAUGAAUGAAGUUUUAUUUUUACUAUAGUAAUUGCAGAUUUGAUAAUUUAAAAAUGUUUUGAAUAAUUUUUAACAAAUCAAGUGAAAUAAAAACAUUUUAUAAAUCAUUUUGUGCCUGAAUGGAAUUAUCCUUAUUUUUCAAUUUCUUGUUGCUUUUGAAUUUUUGGAUCAUUUUUAUUCUUAUCAGCCAUAUUGGGUAAGCAGCUUUUUAAUUUUUAAAAGCAUUUUUUGCUAGGUUAUUUAGGUUUUAUACAUAACAGAAGUUAAUUUUUCAAACUAGAUGCAUUCCAGUUCCUGCAGUUUUCUUAUUUGCUUGUCAUUUAGUUAAUCUUUUUUUCUAAAGAACAAAAGCUUCUAAUGUAUUAUUGUCUUUACUUGAAUGAACCCUUCCGUGUAACAAGGGAACAAUAAACAUUUCUCUUAGUAUUCUACUUUUGUUUUGAGACUGCCACUUGUAGCAGUAUAAAAAUAAAAUUGAAGAAGGUGCUAGCUACUUCAAGCUAAAGAUUGUCUCCUAUAUUCAUUUAUAUACUUCAUUAUUAAUUGUUAGCAAUUUGGAAAUUAUAUGGUAUUUUUAUAGGUGUAAUUUUUUAAACCUUUUUUUCUGAAUUUUACCAUUUUUUAGCUGUUUUACACAAGAAAAUAUUUAUCAACAAUCAAGGAUGAUAUAAAUGUUCAUUAUUUUCAACUUUCUUCUCUUCCAAACCGAGUUUUCCAGUUAAUUUUGUGAUUUUGCUUAGCAUUGAUUUGCACUUGUUUCUUAUGGUCAUGUUUUCUAAAAAUAACACUUAAGUGAUCACAUUUGUGAUUGUUUGCACAUUUUGACUCAUGACUAACAGUAUUUGAUUCCUAAAUUUUUUACCGAACAUAUUUACAUCUAGUUUAUAUUCUCAAAACAUAUGACUGCCUAUAUUUUUCAAGUUUUUUUUUUUUAAAUUUUCUUGAGGAUAUAUAACAGAUUUUACUGGCUUGUUACUGUUAUAGCAUAUUGACAUUACAUUGAAUGAUAGCUUUUGUUAAUUUUUGUGCAAAUGACAAUCAAUGAGUUUGUUAAAUGUUUGCACUUUUCAUGUUUAAAAACCUAUAAACUUUGAAGAUAAAUUGUUUUAUUUGUUAGAAAAAAAUUACUCAUUUUGCAUGAGUUCUAUUGUACUUGCUGUGAUAAACAUGUUAAAACUAUACAUUCAAUGCCAAAAGUCUAGACUUGAUUUGGUAUAUUGCCUGUUGAAAGAACCCUGUGAAUGAAUUCACUGACUAAGUCACCUUCCACUGAAAUAAUAACUAAAGUCAGUACCCACCAGAACUCUAAUUCAGUCAAAAGUCAGUCACUGUUUGUGCAACAUUUUCUGCUAGAUUGUAUAUGUAAUUAUUGAUUUGUGUUUUUGUAACAAUUGUAUCAGGAUUUGUACUAGCAACAGUUAUGUUGGUUUGUGUGUCUGCAACAAUUGUUUCCAGUUUGUUUGCUAAUAUUUGUAACAUGUGACCAUCUGUGUUCCUGCAAAAUUUGUGCCAUGUUUGUGUGUGUUUGCAACAUUUGUGUGCCUGCAACUUUUGUGCCCUAUUUGUGCAUGAGUGUGUGCAACAUUUGUAACCUGCUUGGGUGUGUAUGCAAUUAUUUGUGCCCUGUUUGUGUGCCUACAACAUUUGUGCCCAGUUUGUGUGCCUGCAAUAUUUGUGCCCUGUUUGUGUGCGUGCAACAUUUGUGCCCAGUUUGUGUGCCUGCAACAUUUGUGCCCAGUUUGUGUGCCUGCAAUAUUUGUGCCC